AUGGAGCGCGCGCGCCUGGAGACCAAGAAAAAGGGGAAGGAGGAGAAAGAGGAGAAGGACAAAGCGGGAAAGGCCCAGGCCGACAAGGGGAAGGCCGACAGCCCGGCUGGCGAGGGCAAGAAGAGGGCCGCCGAGGAGGGCCAGGCAGGGCCCGACCCGAAGAAGGCGAAGACCGAGGGCCAGACUGACCCGCUCGACUGGCUCAAGCCGGGCGUCGAGGUGAUCUGCAGUUGCAAGCUCACGAAGGACAAGUCGAAGUACGAGGGCAAAAAGGGGCAGGUCGUCUCGCUGGUGAAGGCGAACACGGCCUGCAGCGUGAAGCUCCUGGAGGGUUCGGAGGAGCUCGCUAACAAGAGGCACGUUUUCGUGCUCAGUCAGCUGUCGCCAGUACCAGGUGCCGCCUCCAGCGGGAACGCCGCCGCGGACAGCGGCGGUGCCGCGCCGCCUGAGAAGGGCGAUCUCUUCUCCGAUCCAGAGCUGGAGAAGGAGAGGUGCCGAUGGCAGUCUCCUGCAGCGGUGGUGGGCCGCUUCCCUGCAGAGGCGCAGGCCGUCUACGGAGCCUCGCCCGCCCCAGACGGCUCCGCCACCGCCGCGGUGCACGCCGACGCGCUGCUGCUGCUGCGGGGCGACGGCGGCAGGUGGUCGUGGUCGGCUGCUGUCCCCGCGGGCAGGAUGGCGCCGCGGGGCACAUCUACAGCCGCAUCUCCGCGCCAACGCGCUCGCGCUGCGAGGCACUCCUCGCCGCCGUGGAGGGCUCCCCGGCCGCGCCGGCGCACGCGGUGCUCUACGGCUCCGGCCUCGCGGCCGCCUUCGCGGUCCUGUCGCGCGCCCUGCCCGGGAGGGUGGCCAUCUCGGGCGGCUACCACGGUACGCACCUGGUUCUGCGCCAGCUGCAGCGCAUCAGCGGAGGCACGAAGUGCCAGACGGUGCCGCUGCCCCCGCCGCACGGCCUCGCCGCGUCCCUGCAGCCCGGG